UCAUCCCUCCCGAUAAAAGGGUUUCACUACUCCGCGAUCACAUCUCUCUCUCUCUCUCUCUCUCUCGAUUUUCCGAUCACGAUCUUCUCCUCCGACUGCGUUCAUGGACACUGACAUCAAUAUGGUCCCCGCCGGCGAGGGAUCGAGCAGUGCUGUACCGUCGUCAUCGGCGAAAAAGGCGAAGCGGUUCGAGAUCAAGAAGUGGAACGCCGUUGCCCUCUGGGCUUGGGAUAUCGUCGUCGACAACUGCGCGAUUUGUAGAAAUCAUAUCAUGGAUCUCUGUAUUGAGUGUCAGGCUAACCAGGCAAGCGCUACCAGUGAGGAGUGCACCGUGGCUUGGGGUGUUUGCAACCACGCAUUCCACUUCCACUGUAUUAGCAGGUGGUUGAAAACACGUCAAGUGUGCCCACUCGAUAACAGCGAGUGGGAGUUCCAGAAAUACGGGCACUAAGCCUGCUGCGCUAGGCUGUUCAGCAAAGUUCCUCAGCUGCAUUCACGCUCGUCUUCAGCCCAUCUUUGCAUCAUACAGCGCAUGUGUUAUGGCCGCCCCUUGCUUAGGCCUGCCUCAUAAAAAACUUGUGAUUUUAACUAUGUAGAAUGGAGUAUACACUUCGGGCUAGUGCAUUUAUUUCUUUUUGUUUAUGGAAUUUUUCAUGUUUUCUCUCACUUAUGUUUUUUAAUGCAAAAACUUGUUUUAUUUUC